AUGUCCAUUUUUCAGGGGAAACUUUGGCGAAAUUUCAGCAGAAAGUCUCGUUCUCUUAUUAAGUGCCACAUAAUACGUCCCGAAUUCCGUGGAGUUCGGGGCGGGUCCUAUCAGCAGUGGGUUAGUUUGAUGAGUGUCAUCAUUAGGCAGAAGGUCGAGCUUGGUCGCAAGAAGAGGCAUGAGGUUGGAAGUAUUGAUGAGCAGAUCAGGCAGUUUCAGGAAAGGAGGGCUGCUAUUCUUACCGAGGUCUCCAAGGAUAUUUGA